UCAGUGAUCGCGCUAAGGUUUAAAGUAAGACGUUGAUCAACCAUCUACAAUAAAGUACUACAUAUUAAGACAUACAAAGAUUUUCCUACAAACAACAAGAUUAUCUGACAUCAUUUAAGAAACAAGAAGCCUAGAAAACAAUAGUCUAAAACCCUACACCAAGAAAGAAGAAAGAAAGAAGAAAGCAAGACGUUAAUUUCUAUCAACUUAGAGAGCAAUUUCAUUUUUCAGGAAGAAGAAAUCGUGGAUUUUGUCGUCUCAUUCCCUUAGAAAACCAAAAUGGCAAUGCGCAGACUUGCCAGACUGACAGAAGACCAAGAACUGAAGGAAAAACUCGCGAGGUGUAAUUUCAGAACUGUCAAGGAUGUGCUUUCUUUGUCGCCACUGCAGAUUAUGUCUGCACUCCAGUUAAGUUCUGAAGAAUGUGAAGCUCUUUUGGAUCGGCUGUAUGCAUUAUGUGUUCCAAAGUACCAGUCGGUCCAGCAGGAGUGGGUAAAACUCAAUGGUGCCUUCACACAGCUGUUCGGGCAGUGCUGUCUGGUGAAAGCAGUGGUCGGAAUACUUCAGUUAUAUACAUCGACACAGAAACAGCAUUUAGGGCUGAGAGAAUUGUUGAGAUAAUAUGCAAGAGAUAUCCUGAAUCCGAGCCAAGAAUCUCAGAAUAUUUAUCCAAGAUCUUCCUCUACCAGCCAUCCACAAUCAGCAACUUGUCACAAAUAUUAGAAACCCUAGAGGUUAUGGCAGUGGAAAAGGAUGCUGGGCUGUUGAUUGUGGACUCCAUAGCAUCCCUGGCUCGCAAGGAGAUGAUGGCGGGGUCGUCCCAGGCAAACAUAGCUCGGGUCAACCAGCUGGCCUCUUGGGCUGCAAGACUCAAGUCGAUUGCACAGCAGCUCAACAUAUGUGUUGUUGUUACAAAUCAGGUGACCAGUAGAUUCGUAGACAAAGAGCCCAUGAUCACAGGAGAAGGAAAUGAAGAUGAGGCUGAGACUUCGGUUUCUGCAGGUGCCAAGGAGCAUAUGUAUUCUACCCACAUAACACCGGCACUAGGAAACACCUGGACACACUGUGUUAACACACGUCUCAUUCUGCAGUAUGAUGGAUCCAAUAGCAGACAGCUCAUAAUUGCAAAAUCACCUGUUGCCCCUUUUGCAGCGUUUGCCUAUAUUAUUGGAGCAGGAGGAAUAGAAAUCAAAGAGAACAGAACAUUUUACUCAUACUCUGGAUCAGAUCCUGGGCUUCACAGAAUACAGGUGCAAAGGGGAGUUGUUUUGUAACUACAAUUGUAUUUUUAUGAGUAUUGUGAAUAUGUCUUGCUGGUUAUACUUGUUUAUAUUUUAAAUAUCAUAUUGAUAUUUAUGUACUUUGUAAAUUUUGUAAGAAAGUCACAGCUAUUAUUUUAUCUUUUUAUGGGUGCAAAAUGUAUAGAAAGUCAUGCUUAUUUUUAGAAGAAUCAAAAAUAAGAACUUCUGGAUGGAUUGUUUUGACAAAAAUAUAUACCUAUUUUGUUACA